GAAUUUGUAACAUGCCAUAAUUUCUUAACCGGUGCGUGUGGCUCCCCGGAAAUCAGAUGUCAUUACCCGACCCGGCUAAUUUGGCGAUCGUUCCUGCUCUUUUGUUUUUUGACAAUGCCAGCGGCGGGGACCAGCCGCACCUUUAGGAUCGUAUCCUUGGCGUCGCUGGCUCUUUGCACUGAAGAAGCCUCCUAGGAUUGUCCGCUUCAUGGUAUAGCUUGCACAGACUGCAGUUGUCAUUGAUCCGCGGCCAGAGCCUCUGCUGAUAGUAAAGGAACAAAUUCAGAGCAAAGAUGAUGUGUGAAGUGAUGCCCACGAUCAGCGAGGACACAGCUCUGAGCCAACGCGGCUCUCAGAGCAGCGCCUCAGACCCGGACUCACAUUUUGAGCAGCUUAUGGUUAAUAUGCUGGACGAACGGGACCGGCUGUUGGACACAUUGAGGGAAACUCAGGAGAGCCUCGGUCUGGCCCAGCAGCAUCUACAGGAUGUCAUCUAUGACAGAGACUCGCUGCAGCGGCAGCUCAGCUCCGCCCUGCCACAGGAGUUUGCAGCACUGACCAAGGAGCUGAACGCCUGCAGGGAACAGCUGCUGGAGAAAGAGGAAGAGAUAUCUGAGCUCAAAGCCGAGAGGAACAACACCAGGUUACUGCUGGAACAUCUUGAGUGCCUGGUGUCCAGACACGAGCGGUCACUUCGUAUGACUGUGGUCAAGAGGCAGGCUCAGUCUCCUUCAGGGGUCUCCAGUGAGGUCGAAGUUCUUAAAGCACUCAAAUCCUUGUUUGAACACCAUAAAGCCCUAGAUGAGAAGGUAAGAGAGAGACUACGAGUGUCACUGGAGAGGGUGUCUGCCUUGGAGGAGGAGCUCACAGCAGCCAAUCAGGAGAUUGUGGCCUUACGGGAACAGAAUGCUCACAUCCAGAGAAAAGUGGCAUCAGGUGAGGGAGGAGAGGACAUUUUGGAGGGCAGUGAAGCUCAACAGAAGGUCCAUGGCAAGCGUCUGUCCAAUGGCUCUCUGGAGCCGGCCCAUGAGGCGAGUCAGGUGGUCGAGCUGCAGGACCUGCUGGAGAAGCAGAACUACGAGUUGGCCCAGAUGAAGGAGCGCAUGUCCUCCCUCUCCUCCCGGGUUUCCGAGGUGGAGCAGGAGCUCGAGACCGCCCGCAAGGACCUCAUCAAGUCAGAGGAGAUGAACAACAAGUACCAGAGGGACAUCAAAGAGGCCAUGUGUCAGAAAGAAGACAUGGAGGAACGGAUUGUCACGCUGGAGAAACGUUACCUGAGUGCCCAAAGAGAAGCCACCUCUGUGCAUGACAUCAAUGACAAACUGGAGAACGAGUUGGCUAAUAAGGAGGCAUUCCUCAGACAGAUGGAGGAGAAGAACAGACAACUACAGGAGAGGUUGGAGCUUGCAGAACAGAAACUCCAGCAGACCAUGAGGAAGGCUGAGACACUCCCGGAGGUAGAGGCCGAACUAGCCCAGAGGAUAGCAGCUCUCACCAAGGCGGAAGAGCGUCACGGGAGCAUUGAGGAGCGAAUGAGGCACUUGGAAUGCCAGCUGGAGGAGAAGAACCAGGAGCUGCUGAGGGCUCGACAGAGAGAAAAGAUGAAUGAAGAGCACAAUAAGAGACUCUCAGACACAGUGGACAGACUCCUCACUGAGUCCAACGAGCGACUUCAGCUCCACCUGAAGGAGAGAAUGGCAGCUCUCGAAGAGAAGAAUAUGCUAAUCCAAGACUCGGAAACUUACAGAAAACAGUACGAGGAGUCAAUCCAAGAAAAAUCGCAGCUGGCAGACGAUAUUGAGAAACUGAGAUCGGAGCUCGACCAAUUCAGAUUGAGGGCAGGCUCCCUCACAGAACCCACGCUGUCACGAUCCCAUCUGGACACAUCAGCUGAGCUUCGAUUCUCUUUGGGAUCUCUGGCUGAAACCCAGUCAGACCACUACCGCUCAGCAAAGGUCAUCCAUCGACAAAGGAGAGGUCGAAUAGGUCUGCGAGAAACCAAGGCAAAGUCACUGGGGGAGCCUGAAUGGCGCUCACAGCAGUUGGGGGUCCUGGGAGGCCACCACUUUGAGAGCGACACGGAAAUGUCUGACAUUGACGACGACGAUAGGGAGACGUUGUUCAGCUCCAUGGACCUGCUGUCUCCCAGUGGUCACUCCGAUGCACAAACUCUGGCCAUGAUGCUUCAGGAGCAACUGGACGCAAUCAACAAGGAGAUCCGGCUAAUCCAGGAAGAGAAGGAGUCAACAGAGCUGCGGGCAGAGGAGAUUGAGAACCGAGUGGCCAGCGUUAGCCUCGAGGGUCUAAACCUGGCUCGAAUGCACCACCACGGAGCCUCCAUCACUGCCUCAGCAACUGCCUCCUCGCUUGCCUCCUCUUCCCCACCCAGCGGACACUCCACACCUAAGCUUGAUCCUCGAAGCCCUGCCCGGGACAUGGAGCGCAUGGGGGUCAUGACACUGCCCAGUGAUUUAAGGAAACACAGGAGAAAGAUAGCAGCGGUGGAUGAGGAUGGCCGCGAGGACAAGGCCACCAUUAAGUGUGAGACAUCCCCCCCUCCGACACCACGCACUGUCCGAAUGACACACACACUGCCAGCCUCCUCGCACAACGAUGCACGAGGGAUUGUGGCUUCUUUAGAGGCUGAAGCCAGUGCCCUAAGUAGUGUAGCCAGCAGCCAGGACUCCCUCCACAAGCAGCCAAAGAAGAAGGGCAUUAAAUCCUCCAUCGGACGAUUAUUUGGCAAGAAGGAAAAAGGCCGACUGGCACACCUAGCACACAGACAAGUCAUGGUAGAUCCACAAGCAACAAUGAUGGAUUCAGACAUGGCGGGCCAGGACAUGGGGGUGAGCAAGUUGGGCACUCAGGCUGAGAAGGACCGCAGAUUGAAAAAGAAACACGAGCUACUGGAGGAGGCUAGGAGAAAGGGUUUACCUUUUGCCCAGUGGGACGGUCCUACUGUUGUUGCGUGGCUGGAGUUGUGGUUGGGGAUGCCGGCCUGGUACGUGGCAGCAUGUCGUGCCAACGUGAAGAGCGGCGCCAUCAUGUCGGCCCUAUCUGACACCGAAAUCCAGCGGGAGAUCGGAAUCAGUAACCCUCUACACCGCCUCAAACUUCGCUUGGCAAUCCAGGAAAUGGUCUCCCUCACCAGCCCCUCAGCCCCGCCCACCUCCAGAACCCCAUCAGGCAAUGUAUGGGUGACCCAUGAAGAGAUGGAGACCCUGGCAGCCCCUUCCAAAACGAAGUCGGAGUCUGAAGAGGGCAGCUGGGCACAGACUCUUGCCUAUGGUGACAUGAACCAUGAGUGGAUAGGGAACGAGUGGCUGCCCAGUCUAGGACUACCUCAGUACCGCAGCUACUUCAUGGAGUGCCUCGUGGAUGCCCGUAUGCUGGACCACCUCACCAAGAAGGACUUGAGGGUGCACCUUAAAAUGGUGGACAGCUUCCACAGAACAAGUUUACAGUACGGGAUCAUGUGUCUGAAGAAGCUCAACUAUGACAGGAAGGAGCUGGAGAGACGCAGGGAGCAAAGCCAGCAUGAAAUGAGAGACGUUCUGGUGUGGAGUAAUGAGCGGGUCAUCCGCUGGGUGCAGAGCAUAGGCCUGAGGGACUACGCCAACAUCCUGCUGGAGAGCGGUGUGCAUGGAGCUUUGGUUGCCCUGGAUGACAACUUUGACUACAGCAGCCUGGCUCUGCUCCUCCAGAUCCCCACACAAAACACUCAGGCACGUCAGAUUCUGGAGCGAGAGUACAAUAAUCUGCUGGCGCUGGGCACUGACAGAAGACUGGAUGAGUGCGAUGACAAAGACUUCCGAGGCCCAUCGUGGCGGAGGCAGUUCCCUCCCCGGGACAUCCACGGUAUCAGUAUGAUGCCUGGAUCAGCAGAAACACUCCCUGCUGGCUUCCGUCUCACCGCAACAUCCGGUCACUCCAGAAGACUGCCCCCCGAGGUCCUCUAUGAGGCGCUGGAUGACAGUCCUGACGACAUGUAUUUGGAUUGGUUUCAAGUUGGACCAUCUGCGGUGCAGCGACUGGAUAGCUCCACGGUGAGAACCUACUCCUGCUGAGAGGAGGAAGAGAGGGACCUUAAACUGUACACUGUGCAGUUCUGAAAGGAGACUAAUUAGUGGAGCUGCUGGACGGGUGAAACCUGCUGAGGAGUGAACCAUUCUGACACGCACUGCCAAGAAGCCCUGCUCUCCUCUCUAAC